AUGGAGGACAGUUCUCCGGCUCUUAAUGUAAAUAUAACUUCAUCGGUUGAGGAGGAGCUUGAAAGCAAAAUCAAGGCAAAAUAUCCAGGUCUCAACAAACAAGGUGUUGGCUCCCUGUUAUUGCAAAAGCGAUUGAAUCGUGGGCAUAAAUACUUUGAUUCUGGAGACUAUAAUAUGGCAAGAGCAAAGAUUUUGCAACAGCAAAAGCAUGUACUCCCUCCUCAAACAGAAGAAGCUAUUCUUCAUGAAUCGACGGGGGAAACUAUGGCUACUCCUGACAGUGUACCUGCAGUUCGUAAAAAAUCCAUUCUAUCUCCAAAUGGUGUAGAGUCUGUGGUUAAUCCUGUCGCUGUUUCCGCUGCAUCGAAGGCUUCAUUAUCGCAUCCAACCGACAGUUUAAGUCUCUUGUCAACAUAAUUACAGUUCAGUGAAAAAUGAACAAAAAGAGACACAUCAAUUCUGUACGGAAAAACAACAGAAUCUGUCAUAUACGCAUAUAAUCACAUGAAUAGGAGAUUGACAUAAUAAUAGUGAUAAGAUCUAAACUGGUCUAGAGAAAAAAACAAGGAAAAGCACAGAAUACACAGUUAUCAAUAGUUUUUUUUGAUUUUAGGGAUUUGUGCUGCUAACCAGAUACAAAUGCAUUGGGUAAUUCUUUGUGCAAAUAAAUAAAACAUAGAUAGUGGUUUACAAUUAAGAGAAGGCAGAGAUAGAGUAGAUAGGUCUUUACAAAUUCAUAAAGUUAAUUGAGUAACGGAAAAGAAGAGGACAUGAGAAGAAGAAUAGACAAGGACGAAAGUAAACGACGACCCACUAUUCUCAAACAACCACCUGUUCAAAAAGAACAGUCUUUUACUUUAUGACAUAUGUGUUACCUUUGUGUACUGUCAUGUUCAAAAAGAUCAGUCCUUUAU